UCUUAUAGUUCGUAUUACGUAAUCGUAUUUUCUUGGCAAUAUGUCUAGCAGAGGAAAGACCGGCGGCAAAGCUCGUGCUAAAUCCAAGACUCGUUCUUCCCGGGCUGGCUUGCAGUUCCCUGUAGGCCGAGUGCAUCGUUUGCUAAGAAAGGGUAAUUAUGCCGAGCGGGUUGGUGCUGGGGCUCCAGUGUAUCUAGCAGCAGUGCUGGAAUACCUAACGGCUGAAAUCCUGGAAUUAGCGGGGAAUGCAGCCAGAGAUAACAAGAAAUCCCGUAUCAUCCCGAGGCAUCUACAACUGGCUGUCCGUAAUGACGAGGAGCUCAACAGACUGCUGGGAUCGGUGACCAUCGCUCAGGGUGGUGUGUUGCCCAAUAUCCAGCAAGUGCUGCUGCCCAAGAAGGGAUCCACACCCAGCCAAGCUUCAGGAGGCAAGAAGGGGCAACAGUCGCAGGAAUAUUAAAUCGCCAGUACAGUCACCAACAAACAAAGGCCCUUCUCAGGGCCACCCAUAUACUCAAAAAAGAGCUUAUUUACUUUCUAUCUAUCUAGAGUCCUGGUUACUUUAUCUGUACUUCUCAAUCACCAUUAACACAUUCCAGUCAAUAUAUAUGUGAAUUCUAUUUAUGUGCUUCUAUAUGAAGUCUUGCGAUAAAAUAUCUUUGUAAUUAACAUGUAUUGGCAAAAAUGCAUCCAGUAAAAAUAAUCCCUUUUUUUCUUGCAUAAAUGUUUUGUAGAUCUAUUUAUGUAGCCCAUAAAGUUGUGUUUUUUUUUUUUUUUUUAAAUAAAUAACAUUGCUCUGAUUUUCAGACUCCUAACCAAGCCCCAAAGUUUUGAGAAUACCGCCAGCUACCUUCUCCAGCUUGCUCCUGUUUGUGUAAAGGGUCUUUUCAUAUCCUAAAGGGGAGGGAGAGUGUCUCAUUUCCUACUUGCAGUGGGCUUUUCAACAGCGCUAAACUGAGAGCUAAGUAAGUUUAUAAACAGGUUUUUUAUAUCAGUAUCUGCACUGUAUUUAUAGUGUAACAUGCAGUUAUAUGAAAAUGAGUGUAUACUGUCCCUUUAACACUUUUCUGUGAGUGUGGUACAGUUAGAUAUAACAAGUGCACCAGCAGUUCAGAGCCAAUGGGACUUGUAUUGUCGGCAGUUGACCGAUUGAGUCAUUGUCAGAUGAUACAACCCCUUUAAGUGAAAGUAAAUUUAAUUAUAUAUGAAUACGGCUAUGGUUUCAUCUAUUCUAAUUUAGUGUAGUUGCUAACUUGUUUUAAAGGGACAGUUUAUGUUUCAAAUAGGGCAUGUAAUUUUAAAAGUUCCAAUUUACUUAUAUCACCAAUUUUGCUUUGUACUGUUGGUGGUAUUAGUUGAAAGCUAAUCCCAGGAAGGCUCAUAUAAUUUCUAAACCCUUGCAGGCUGCCUCUUAUCACAUGCUUUAUUUUCUUUUCACAACAGGGGAGAGCCAGUUCAUGUAAACCAUAUAGAUAACAUUGUGAUCAUGCCCGUAGCUUGUGGCAGACACUGCACUAAUUGGCUAAAAUGUCAUUUGAUCAGGGGACUGUCAGAAGAUGCUUAGAUACAAGUUAAUCAGAGGUAAAAAGUAUAUUAAUAUAACCGUGUUGGUUAUGCAAAACUGUGGAAUGGGUAAUAAAGGAAUUAUCUAUAUUUUUAAACUAA